AUACAGACCAGGAUGUAUUGGCUGAGAGCAUUUUGUCACCUGCAAAGAACAGUAACCGCUAGAAGCAGAGACUAGCAAGAAGCUUAUCGACUUGCAUGCAGAUUGAUAGACCAGCUAAGAGAAAGCAAGAGAGCAAUAGUCUUCAAGGACAAUACAAUUAGGAUUACAAGAAUCGACAACAGCGCAAAGGAGAGCGCGACGCCAGGCCAAUAUAAGGCCCCUGGCGCUUCCUCGCGGCUCAGUCUCGGCGCCGACGUCCUCCUCAGGCUGUGCGUCUAGCCCCGUUAAGAUGAGCCCGACGGCAAUAGUAAGCUUGCUGUUCCUGGUGGCCUUGGCGACGACGGAGGGCCUCGCGGGAAACGGAACCGUGCUGGCGGGCUUUCCGGCCCUGGGCCAUCGCUUCCGCAACUGCCACGAGGUGCAGCAGGCCAUCGCCGGCAGCGCCGACGGCGUGUACGUGAUCUUCCCGUACGACUGCUGCCCCGAGCGGCCCGUGCGCGUGUGGUGCGACAUGACGAGCGACGGCGGCGGCUGGACGCUGAUCCAGCGGCGCGACGACUACGCUGAGCAGGAGGACUUCUUCCGGACGUGGACCGAGUACGUCCUCGGCUUCGGCAACGUGGCCAAGGACCACUGGCUCGGCCUCGACCACAUCCACGCACUCACGAGCCAGAGCCUGAGCCAGAUCCGCUUCGACCUGGCUGACUUCGAGGGCGAGUCCCGUUGGGCCAAGUACGACUUCUUCUACGUGCACGACAAAAGCAACUCCUACAAGCUCGAAGUGAACUCCUACAGCGGCGACGCCGAAGACUCCUUCACUACCCACGGCGGGAAUAGAUUUUCCACCAAGGAUCGCGACCAUGACCUGGCGGAUUCAAACUGCGCACAAUCGUACAAGGGCGCUUGGUGGUACACGAAUUGUCACUCGACGAAUCUCAACGGCUUGUACUACAGGGGACACCACGAGUCAUAUGCAGAUGGCAUUAACUGGUUUGACUGGCACGGACACCAUUACUCCUUGAAGACAGUGACCAUGAAGAUCAAACCAAGAUUCUAAAAGAUGGCCAAAAAAGAAAAAAAAACGAAGGAAAUCAUUUAGUGCUAGUGGUAGUUCAAAAAGUUUAGAAGAGUUGGUAGUAUUCUUAUUAGACAUUUGAAGUUUCUGACUAAUAGUUCUUGUCAAGAUCCUACAGAAUCAUACUAUAAAGUUACUUAAAUUAUUUUAUUACGCUGGUUUGAUUAAAGACACUAGACCCUUUAUGCAAAAUGUUAUAGCAUAAAGAAAAAAAUCUGAGACCUGAAAAAAGUUGUAGUGGAAGUAAUAACUAUGGCUUUAAUGAAUGAUAAACAUUUA